AGCCUCGCUGCUUUAUCCGCUCGGCUGCAGUUGCCGAAGCCGCUCCUCCCCCAUCUCCUUCUCAUUCUGCUCUCUUACCGGUCUCCGCCAUGGCCUCCCUCUCUGUCUCCGCCCCCCUCAAGCACUCCUCCCUCCUCCCUCCUUCCUCUUUCUCCCUCUCUCCCAAAACCCUCCUUUCCCCCAGAUCCCGCUCUCUCCGAUCUAUAUCCCCUCCUCCCCUCUCCCCCAUCCGAGCCCUUGUCUCUUCCGCCUCCCCCGCGUCGAAGCCCUUCUCCCAUGGCAGCCUCGAAUCCCAGGGCUACUUCUCUUCUCCGCUGUCCUCCCCCUUCGAUUCCUUCUCGCCGGCUUCGUCGGACCCGCAGACGCCAGCCGCGGCCAUGAGGGGGGCGGAGUCCGACGUGAUGGGGCUGUUGCUGCGGGAGCGGAUCGUGUUCUUGGGGAGCAGCAUCGACGACUUCGUGGCCGACGCCAUCAUCAGCCAGCUUCUUCUCCUCGACGCCCAGGACCACACCAAGGACAUCCGCCUCUUCAUCAACUCCGCCGGCGGCUCUCUCAGUGCUACCAUGGCCGUUUAUGAUGUGGUUCAGCUUGUGAGAGCAGAUGUCUCUACCAUAGCACUUGGUUUUGCAGCAUCUACGGCAUCUAUCAUCCUCGGCGGUGGUACCAAGGGAAAGCGACUUGCGAUGCCCAACACACGGAUAAUGAUUCAUCAGCCUCUUGGAGGAGCCAGUGGUCAAGCCUUGGAUGUUGAGAUUCAGGCCAAAGAGAUUAUGCAUAACAAGGACAACGUUACCAGAAUCAUCUCAGGUUUUACUGGUCGCACCUUCAAACAAGUUGAGAAGGAUAUAGAUAGGGAUCGUUACAUGUCACCUAUCGAGGGUGUUGAGUAUGGGAUCAUCGAUGGUGUUAUCGACCGGGACUCCAUCAUUUCCCUUAUGCCGGUGCCAGACAAAGUGAAGCCCAAACUGAAUUACGACGAGAUGUACAAGGAUCCUAAGAAAUAUUUUACACCUGAGGUUCCCGAUGACGAGAUAUACUAGCUGAGUAGUUUUCUUUCCUUUACUUUUUCUUCUUUUAUCGUUCUUCGGGUUGGUAACCAUGGACAUGUGUUUCUUUUUACAUGUUACAUUUUUUUUUUGUUUUCCGCCGCACCGAUGCAGUGAUGAUAUUACCUGUUGUGAAGUUACCUCAGUGGAUGAUCUCUAGGCGGAAACAUAAACUAUGUUCAGUCAAUUUGGCAAGUGAUGUCUCUGCGAUGUUUUAUUGUGCA